AUAUGCUUCUGUAGGAAACCUUCUUGUCGACUACAGGUUCGAGGAUUGACGCAUUCAACCAUGUGGCACCACAACACCCUCCUUCUGGCAAUGUGCGGGCUGGCUCUCACACAAUGUACUGCCUUUCCGCCGUGCCAGGAUAUACAUUCCAGUUGUAGAGAGUUGAACUGUCUUCAGCCAGGUAUGAACUCUUUCUGCAAGAAGACAUGCGGCCUUUGUCCAGAAGAGUGCAAGUCGGGAUAUUUCCAGGAUGGCUCCUCGUGCAGACAAUGCAAGGAUGCUGUCGAUGUACAGUCAGUCGAAUACAAAGAUGCAUGUGGUGUUCCCUGUAACCAGAGCCACACGUGGGGUGCAGACUGUCUUACUCCAUGUCGUACAGGAUGCAGGAAUCAAAGAUGUCACCGGUGGAAAGGGCACUGUCUUCAAAACUGCCUGCCAGGUUACUAUGGACCUACAUGUGAUGUAACUUGUGACACGUGCAGGUCGUGUGGAGACGGUGUUGAGACGUGUGACAAUGAGGGGAGAUGUCUGUGUGGCUGCAAGAGAGAAAGACGAGGAAACAAAUGUGACCAACAGUGUACAAACUGUGAAAUGUGUACAGGAAAUAACUGUACAUGUCAAGAAGGAUUUCGGGGUGUGUUGUGCACAGAGACCUGUGUGAACUGUCAGAGUUGUAAUGGAGACAGUUGUACAUGCAAGGCUGGAUUCCAUGGAGAUGGCUGCACCGCCCCCUGUCCCCUGCACUGCCUCUAUAACGUAUGUGGUCUGGAAGGAGGGUGUACACAGGGAUGUGAAGUAGGGUGGUAUGGACGUUUGUGUGAAAAACAGUGCAAUAAAUGUGUCGACGGAAGUUGCUCAUUGAACGGGAUAUGUACAUCCGGGUGCAAUAGCGGAUGGUCUGGUGACAAGUGUGACGAAGCCUGCAAUGUCAACUGUGAGGACGAACUGUGUUAUCGUAACGGAACCUGUAAAAGAUGCAAACCCGGUUUCCAUGGAGACCAAUGCAACAUCCACUGCAGCAGUCACUGUAGUAACCAGAGAUGUGACAGGAGUGGAACUUGUGAAUCUUGCAGAGUUGGACACUUUGGGGAAAUGUGUGAUCGACAUUGUGGGUCCAACUGUAUGAAUCAUGCCUGUGAACAAAUGUCAGGAAAGUGUAUUCAAGGCUGUACCACAGGCUGGUACGGAGAUACGUGUCAUCUGGAAUGUUCCGACCAAUGUGCCCCAGAGUCCUGCCACAGAGAGACUGGUUCCUGUAAGUCUUGUAUGCAGGGAUUCAAAGGCUCCCACUGCAACGCUUCGUGUCCACAGUUCUGUACUAAAUGUGAACAAUAUGUUGAAAAAUGUCUCUCUUGUCACCAACAACAUUUCGGCAAGAUGUGUGACAAACUUUGUUCAUCCGGAUGUAAUGGAGGCACAUGUCACCACCAAACUGGAAUAUGUUCACAAGGAUGUACUGGAACUUCCUAUGGCCAUUACUGUAACAAUUCGUGCAGUGAUCACUGUGUCAAUAGAAACUGUCAUACAGUUAACACUGAUGUAGAUACGCCCCAAUGCACUGAGGGGUGUGAAGACGGAUGGUGGGGGUACUACUGUGACAACACGUGUCUACAGCACUGUGUGAGAUGUGACAGACAUCAUGACCAAUGCCUGGAGUGUGUAGCCAACAGAUACGGCGAGUCCUGUAACUUGACCUGUAACACUGGCUGCCUGAAGUCGCAGUGUAACAUGACAGGAGUCUGUAUAAACGGGUGUGAGGACGGGUUUUAUGGAAGCAGGUGUUCUUGA